AACCAGUUUGGAAUAGCAUUCGACAUGGACAAGAAGCAUCGCCUCGUGGUCUACGACUGCGACAUUGGGACCGAUGAUGCCUGGGGAUUGGCCAUGUUGCUGCGCGCGGAGGAGCUAACUCUGCGCGAAGGAAGGACCUGCAAAGUGUUGGCCAUAACAACGGUGCAUGGCAACACGGAUGCGGACAAUGGAACACUGAAUGCCCUGCGGGUGCUGCACACGUUGAACAGGCGCGAUGUUCCGGUCUUUAGGGGCUGUUACGAAUCCAUAGUGCCACGCACUUGGGAGUAUACCAACUGUUUCCAUGGCCAGGAUGGCCUAAACGAUGUGGGCAACUAUCCUGUGGUCGAUGUGGAGCAGGAACUGCAACCGGAGCACGCUGUCAAUGCCAUGUACCGCCUGGCCAGAGCUAAUCCCGGCCAAGUGGACUUUCUGCUGUGCGGACCACUUACCAACUUUGCCAACUGCAUCAAUUUGUAUGGAAACUCAUUUCUGACGAACAUUGGUCGAGUCUAUAUAAUGGGUGGCAACAUAUUCGGCAAGGGUAAUGUCACGAAAAGUGCCGAAUUCAAUUUCAUGAUGGAUCCCGAGGCGGCGCACAUUACCCUGGAGCGUCUGCUGGAACCGGCGAUCAUCCUGCCCUGGGAGCCCUGCAUCGAUGGAGAGUUCGACACCACCCUCGACUGGCGACUGAAUGUCCUCGGAGCGGUUGAUCAUCCCUUUAUAGAGCUACUCACACGCGUGGAACGCUCCAUGCUGGAGCCGCGAGGAUUCGUGAAGUGGAUCAGUUGUGAUUCCCUACUCACCGCCGCCUAUCUCUUCCCGGAUGCGAUGAUCGCCGAACAGCGGCAGUACUACGCCACCGUGGAGCUGAGUGGCAUCCACACCCGUGGCCAGAUGGUGCUGGAUCACCUGCGCGGCCGGAAAGUGGACGACAUUCAUGGCAAGAAGAUAAAUGUGCACAUCAUUAGGCGCCUCACUAGUGGAGCGACCUUCCGCACGAUCAUCGCCUGGACGGGAUUCCUUCCCAAUGCCGAUAUCGCACAACUAUGCGCUUAGCAUCUUAAAUAUACAUAUCACGUUUACCGCAAUUUCCAAAACCCUUUCAUACGAUUUAUGGCCUGAUAAGGCAUCAGGUGAUCUAUGACUUGGCCACAGAUUAUAUUAAAUGGACUGCGAAAGAAUAUGGUUGUAGAUAGGGGGGUUAGUAGAGAGUCGAGCAUGAUGAUAGCCCAAUUACCGAGAUAUGUAAGUUAAUAGCAAUCACCUGUCAUACGAGUGAUUGGCCAAAUGAUCUCUUGCAUCACUAUAGAUUCUAGAUGGAACCAUCGUGUGUCCCGCCCACGUCCAUUUGAAACUACAAAAAUGUCUGGUGUAUAUAUAUUUCCUUCUACAGAAGUGUAUAAUCAGUGUUCCAUUAAAUCGAUCUGAUGCGAGUGUUCAAAUUCACAAUGUGCUAUAAAUCUACAUGCUUGACUACCAACAAAAAAGAACAAAAAAAAAAAGUAAUGCCCAUUUCCCAAGGAAGUGUUUUCAAAGAUUGGGAAUUAGCAUUAGCUACAUUGGUCUUACGUUCAUACAUAAAAUAUAAUUUACAAUUCAGAAAGG